ACUCUACCCAACUUUCAGCAACCAUGAAGCCGACCGUUGCCGCUGACGAAAUGUUUCCCGAAGGAGUUGGACCUUGGAUGGAUUUGGAAGAAGCUGGUGGCCCAUCCAAUCUUCUCAUGGAUUUGGCUGCAAAUGAAAAAGCUGUCCAUGCAGACUUCUUCAAUGAUUUUGAAGAUUUGUUUGAUGAUGAUGACCUAAAGUAGUGUUGGUUGCUGUACCUCUAGACUAAAUUAUUGUAAUAGGUAUAUGUUAAUUUAAGAUAAUAAAAUAAUUGAAAUCUAA